CCACAAAUACUUUGUGGUCAAAGAAAGAAAACAAAGCAGCAACAGCAAGCAGAUAAGAAAAAUUAUAAACAGAGGAAAAUUAAAGCAGAUCUUGUCGAAUAGAAGUGAAAGAAAAGGUAAAGGACAUUACCGAAGAGUUAUUACAUCGAAGGAAAUGAUUAAAGGAGUAGCGGGAAAUCAGCAAUUAGAGUUACCAGCUGGAUUCAGAUUUCAUCCAACAGAUGAUGAAUUGGUGCAACAUUAUUUAUGCAGGAAAUGUGCUGGACAGUCGAUUUCUAUUUCAAUUAUAGCUGAAAUUGAUCUUUACAAGUUUGAUCCAUGGCAAUUACCUGAGAAGGCAAUGUAUGGUGAAAAAGAAUGGUAUUUUUUCUCACCAAGAGACAGAAAAUACCCAAACGGUUCAAGGCCAAACAGAGCAGCAGGAACCGGUUACUGGAAGGCAACUGGAGCUGAUAAACCUGUUGGAAAACCAAAGACAUUAGGGAUUAAAAAGGCACUUGUUUUCUAUUCUGGAAAAGCACCUAAAGGAAUAAAGACCAAUUGGAUUAUGCAUGAAUAUCGACUUGCUAAUGUGGAUAGGUCUGCUGGCAAGAACAAUAACUUGAGGCUUGAUGAUUGGGUAUUGUGUCGAAUAUACAACAAGAAGGGCACACUUGAGAAGCAUUACAAUGUGGACAAGGAGAGUGCGAGUUUUGGGGAAUUUGAGGAAGACAUAAAACCAAAAAUUUUACACUUUGCACAAAGUGAUGAGAUGGUCACACAAUUAGCACCGGCGCCGAUGCCGCCACGGCCACAAAUGAUGCCGCCAAGUGACUACUAUCAUUUCGAAACGUCCGAAUCUAUGACUAGAAUGCAUACGACUAACUCGAGCUCUGGCUCAGAGCAUGUCUUGUCGUCAUGUGAUAAGGAGGUUCAGAGUGCACCCAAAUGGAACGGCUUCGGAAACACCCAUGAUUUCCAGCUAAAUUAUUUGGAUGAUUUACUAAAUGACCCUUUUGAACCCCAAGUGCAACAACAAAAUUGCAACAUUGACCAGUUCAGUAAUUUCCAGGACAUGUUCCUAUACAUGCAAAAACCCUACUAAAAUUGUAUAAAUCAUUGGAUCUAAUAGAUUGUGAUCCAUGACUUUUUCUUAGUUCUUUGGUUGUGGGUCAACUUUUUAUUAGGUUAGAUAAGCACAAAAUGCAAGUCAAAUUUGGUGGGCUAUAGCUCAAAUGAGCUUUGAUAAGCAUAGCCAAUAAGCCAAAGGACAAUAUAGAAGGCUUAUGCCACUAAGGUACAUGUAAAACAAAUGAAAAUUUGUUAAUAUCAAGUUGUCAUUCUUCAAAUCUCAGUGAGUACGAUUUUUCUGUACAAGUUUGAAAAGAAAAAAGAGUAAUAUUAGCGGAAUUCUUUUUUUACUA